AUCCCGCACUGCUGUGAUCUCAGUUUGAGUCAAUUUCACUGGAAAGUCGACCCUAAUGCUAGUCAUCAAAACCAUUAAAAGAGAUCUGCUGAUUUCCAAGUGGAUAUUGAAUCUGGACACAUGCGAGGCACCAAAAGUGACUGUCUGAAUCAAGAUCAAAAUUUCUGUAGCACCACCUAUCUUAAAAGUAUAUUUUUGGUUAGUGAAACUUUACUGCUUUUUAAUCUAAAUAGUGCGCAAAGAAAACUCACACGAUCAAAGAUAUUGAACAAUUACACUCCGCAGUGUUUUAAUCUCAACUUCAAAAGCCCCUGAGGUACUGAUCCUGGGUCUUUUAAAGCCAGGGGGGGCUUUUGUUUGUUGAUGAUCACAAAUGUUAGCGGUGGGGCAGAUGGAUACUAAUCGCCAGAGUGCUUUCGUCUUGGGUAGUACACCGCUGGCAGCUCUUCAUAACAUGGCUGAAAUGAAGACAUCUUUAUUCCCUUACGCUCUGCAGAAUCACUCGGGUUUUAAGGCACCUUCGCUAACUAGCUUGAACGCUCAGUUUCCCUUGGGGACGCCACACGGAAUUAGUGACAUCCUGGGAAGACCCAUUACUACAGCCAGCGGUCUUCUGUCGGGACUUCCUCGGAUAAAUGGACUGACCACUUCUGCAGGAAUGUAUUUUAACCCGGCUACCGUUUCUCGAUACCCUAAGCCCUUGACUGAGCUCCCCGGCAGAGCCCCCAUUUUCUGGCCUGGAGUCGUGCAAGGGUCCCCUUGGAGAGAUCCACGACUCGCCUGUCCGUCUCAAGCUAACAUGCUUCUUGAUAAAGACGGAAAGAAAAAACAUUCUCGGCCCACUUUUUCAGGACAGCAGAUAUUUGCUUUGGAGAAAACUUUUGAACAAACAAAAUAUCUGGCAGGUCCAGAGAGAGCCCGGCUGGCCUAUUCUUUGGGAAUGACAGAAAGCCAAGUCAAGGUAUGGUUUCAAAACAGGAGAACCAAAUGGAGAAAAAGGCACGCAGCAGAGAUGGCCACGGCAAAGAAAAAGCACGAUUCAGAAACAGAAAAAUUAAAGGAGAGCUCGGACAAUGAGGACGAUGAUGAAUACAACAAGCCGCUGGACCCCAACUCUGAUGACGAGAAAAUAACGAGAUUGCUGAAAAAGCACAAGGCAACGAAUUUAUCACUCUUAAGUCCGUGCAGUAACAGCUCGGACACAUUGUGAUAAACACACACACACACACACGAGAAGACUGUACAUAUUCCAAGAUGCUUCUAAAGCUGAUUUAACCAGGGUAUAUGUUAAAAAGGAAAGACAUGUAACUAGAUGUUAUAAGUGAUCAUAUGUGUUGUACAGACUAUGUAUGCCAGAUGUAUAUAUUUUUACUGAGUUAAGUUAUGGAAAUGAACAGCUGAUACAAAUGACUUGGAAUGCAACUUACCGUUAUUUUUUUUUAAAAAAUGUAUUCAUUUUCUGUUUUAUUUCUUUCGCUGUCUCUUUGUUUUCGCUUUUUACAGAUUUAAGUCACCUAACAAUCAGAUUCAGUUAUUAUGUUUUGUACAGAAUGAAAUGCAACAGCUUGUUAAAAAAAAAAAAAAAAAAAAAAAAAAAAGUUAAGGGUUGUACAUUUCAAAUGAAAAAAAAGCGCCUCGGUUUCACACUUCACAACAGUUUUUUUUUUUUUAAAUUAUUUUUGUUUGAUGGAAUUAAUGUUUUGUACCGCAUCAAACAAACAGAAGACACAAACUGGAAAUUUGAUUUAUGUUUAAAAAAAGAGAAUAUUAUUGCUUCCACGAUAGUUGGGAAAAGACUUUGUAUUAUCAAUAAAUUAUUUAACAACCUUUUGUUUUUAAAAUAUGAUCUUAUUUGGUCAUAUAUAUAUAUAUGCGCCUAUAUAUGCCUAUGUGUUGAAAAGUUUAAAUUAAGUAAGUGCACCAUAAUUAUUUUCAUCUUACAAAAAUAAUGGGGCCAAAUUAGCAUGGCUAUUAACGUUGUGCGACUGUCCAAAAUACUGUUAUGUGGCUUUGAAUUAACAAUAGCCAUUUUUCCUUUAAAGUCAUUUUUGAAAAAUCUUUUCAAGUGUCGAUUAACCCGUUCAAUGCGUUAUUAUAUUUAUUAGCAAGCCUAUAUUAGCGGCUUGGAUUCAGGAACAUCUUUCAAAUUACACCCUGAAUCUCAGUAAACAGUGAACACACUAGACCUAUUACUUUGAUACAUAUAUGUAUCACAAAUGGAAAACUAAAAAUAUUGAUAGCUUAAAACAGACUCACAAAGACCGAUUGAUAACCUUGAACAAACCCUAAAAUAAUCUGAAGUUUUAAGGAUUAAUUUAAAUAUAAAUAAACCACUUGUUUUGGGAUAUUUCAUAACGUUUUACAGCCGCUAUAAAAUUAAUAUUGUUGUUGCUGUACUCUAAUUAUUACGAGAGACGUUUAACAAAUAAACACCGAUAUAGAUACGACAGUUUCGCAUAAUUCAAAUAGCCUAUAAUAGCACACUAUUGAAACCGAUUAUGUUGUGGUUUUCACAUGUCUGCUGAUCAACUUACUUUUCAAUAACUUUGUAAAGACGGUUUUAUUUAUUUUUGGAUUAUUAUUAUUAUUAUUAUUAUUAUUAUUAUUAUUAUUAUUAUUAUUAUUUUAGUAUUAGUGCUGGUUUGUGCACACUAAUAGUCUUAACGUGGAGUUCCAAAACAUUAACAGGUUUUGCUCAGAGAAAUCUCAACUAAUACCAAAAUGUUUUGGACUUGAGAAAAUGUAAAACUUUGAAACAAAUUAACCUGCUGGUCAACACAUCCGUAGCCUCCCCCUCCUUUUUUUCAUGAGACUACUGUUAUGUUCUUGUCUGUGAAACUUCGGCCACGUUUGCAAUUCGUUUCCUGAUUUACCAAGGACAUUGUAAAACAUUUCUUUACAGCUUUACAUACCGCUAUGAUAUUUUUCUUGCAACAUUUUUUUU